CUUACCAAAUUCUAUAUUUUCCUCAGAAUUUCCCCCCAUUUCCCUUAAUUUUCUUGCUAACCAAACGCGUCCAUCAGCGAUAUAAAGAUCCGAACUGCUUUGGCCUUUGUAAAAAGCGAUGGCUUGGAGACGGUUGAUCACUCAGGUUUCAAGGCAGCAAUCAGAGUUGGGACAAUUCGGAAGCUUGUUUAGUAGGACUUACCUUUCUGGUAAUGGACUUCUGAGUGGCCAAGGCCAGCAGACGUUUAAGUCAAGCUAUGUUGGCAGUUUAGCUCGCAGGGUCCGAGAUGCAUAUGAAGCUAGUGAAGUUUCUCACUUACGAGAACUUUACCAUAAAAAUGAUCCUGAAGCAGUGAUAAGGCUAUUUGAAAGUCAGCCAUCAUUACAUUCUAACAGGUCUGCACUUUCCGAAUAUGUUAAAGCAUUAGUCAAAGUUGACAGGCUUGAUGAAAGUGAGUUGCUUAAGGCAAUACAAAAAGGUAUAUCUAAUUCAGCGAGAGAGGAAGAGACUAAAGGUGGACUUUCAGCUUUGCGAAAUGUGGGAAAAUCUACAAACAAGGGUCUCCUAGGAACUGCUAGUGCUCCUAUCCACAUGGUCUCGUCAGAAUCAGGGAGCUUUAAAGAUCAGUUGUGGCGUACUUUUCGUAGUCUUGCACUUUGCUUCUUGUUGAUUUCUGGUAUUGGUGCUCUUAUUGAGGACAGAGGGAUCAGUAAAGGACUUGGUCUACAUGAUGAGGUGCAAGUUGUGGAAUCUAACACAAAAUUUAAUGAUGUCAAAGGCGUUGAUGAGGCAAAGGCAGAAUUGGAAGAAAUUGUCCACUACCUUCGGGAUCCUAAACGUUUCACUCGUCUUGGUGGCAAGCUUCCAAAGGGUGUUUUGCUUGUUGGUCCGCCCGGCACUGGGAAAACUAUGUUAGCAAGAGCUAUUGCUGGGGAGGCUGGGGUACCAUUCUUCUCCUGCAGUGGCAGUGAGUUUGAAGAGAUGUUUGUCGGCGUUGGAGCUCGAAGAGUAAGAGAUCUUUUUGCUGCUGCAAAGAAGCGGUCACCAUGUAUUAUAUUUAUUGAUGAGAUAGAUGCCAUAGGUGGAAGCCGUAAUCCAAAGGACCAGCAAUAUAUGAGGAUGACAUUGAACCAGUUGCUCGUUGAAUUGGAUGGGUUUAAACAGAAUGAAGGAGUUAUUGUAAUUGCAGCAACUAAUUUUCCACAAUCAUUGGAUAAGGCACUGGUGAGACCUGGACGAUUUGACCGUCGCAUUGUUGUUCCUUAUCCAGAUGUUGAAGGGCGAAGGCAGAUUGUGGAAUCCCACAUGUCAAAGGUCUUGAAGGCCGAGGAUGUUGAUUUAACGAUCAUUGCUAGAGGUACUCCUGGAUUCUCUGGAGCCGAUCUAGCUAAUCUGGUCAAUGUUGCUGCUGUUAAGGCUGCAAUGGAUGGUGCUAAGGCGGUUACAAUGGCUGAUCUGGAGUAUGCAAAGGACAGGAUCAUAUUGGGAAGUGAACGCAAGUCAGCCGUCAUUUCCGAGGAGUCACGAAAAAAUACAGCUUUCCAUGAAGCUGGCCAUGCCCUUGUUGCCAUUUAUACGGAUGGGGCACUUCCUGUUCACAAAGCAACAAUAGUACCCCGAGGAAUGGCUCUUGGCAUGGUGUCCCAGUUGCCUGACAAGGAUCAAACAAGCUUCUCCCGAAAGCAGAUGCUAGCAAGGCUGGAUGUUGCUAUGGGGGGACGGGUUGCAGAAGAGCUUAUCUUCGGGGAAAAUGAAGUUACUUCUGGUGCAGAGUCUGAUCUUGAGAAUGCCACUUCUCUAGCUAGAACUAUGGUUACAAAGUAUGGCAUGAGUAAAGAAGUGGGGCUUGUUACUCAUUUGUAUGACGACAAUGGUAAGAGCAUGAGCACCGAGACUAGACUUCUCAUCGAGAAAGAAGUGAAGGAUUUACUGGAGAGGGCUUACAACAACGCGAAAACCAUUCUCACCAACCACUGGAAAGAACACUGUGCACUUGCGAAUGCAUUGCUCGAGCACGAGACACUCACAGGAAAUCAAAUUAAAGCCAUGCUGGCCCAGAUCCAGUCUCAGCAGCAACAAGAAGAAAACGGUCAACAUACGAUUGAGGCACAAAUUGGACCUCAGUCCGACCCAGCACCUCCAAGUCCAAGUCCGGCUGCAUCUACAGCCGCUGCUGCCGCCGUAGCUGCAAGUGCUGCAGCUAAAGGCAAAGGCGUUGCUCCCGUUGGAUCUUAGAAGGCAAUGAGCUGGUAGAAUCUUUAGAUUUAGUGUAGCGCUUGUGGGGUCAGUUCUUUAAAAUUUCUGUUUACUGGCAGGGGUAAAUGCAAGAGGACAAGCAAGGUUUUCGACCCAUUGGUUAAUGGUAGAAUUACUCUUAUGGCC